ACAGCGAAGCCAGACGUGUAGGUGAGAACUGGGCCGGUUUAAGCGCCCCCACAGGUGCAUUUUUUGCGGUAAUCACGUGUAGACCCGCCCCGCCUCGCCGUCUCCAAUAAAGCACAGCAAAAGUCACCGCUCCUCUUCCUGCAUGCAGCCAAACCCACGGCGAGGCAGGCGACGCAGGAGAACAGCAACGGCGGCGGCACCGGCGGCAGCAGCGGGGACUGGGACGUAAACCGAAACCACUGAAGCUUGCGUGUGCGUGAAGGCGGCGCACAAAGAUGAUUAAUUAGUAAAAUAAAGCCGUCGGUAACCGGACGCCGCAGCUGAUCUGCUCUCGGGGGCUCGACAGAGGACAACCGGAGCGUGUGGAGGUUGUGUGUGUUUUUAAGACAAGGCCAGUUUCAAUAGGCUGCAGCUCCGUGCGCACUGGAAGCCCAGAAUUCAAUUGGUGGAACCAGGAGGGGAGCCCCGGCCUUUUCCACUGCAGGAGGAGCAGAGUUGGAGGAAACCGAGAGAGAGAGAGGCGCCGCUGCCAAGACAGCAGCAGCAGCAGCAGCAGCAGCAGCUCUGCGCAGUUUAGAAAGAAAACGGCAGUGCCUCCUCUGCUGCACGGCAUGAGGGACUUCACCCUCAAACUGCGCACUGACUCUGCAGGAUGCACCGCUGCAGCUGCGUAGUUGAUUAAAAGACAAGACAGACGCAAGACUCUUCCGGACCAGUGCAGGAAUUUGACAGAGGAAUUGAGCCCAAACCGGCCGCUGGCCACAGCUGCGACAUUUAGUUUCUCCCCCUCCAACUGAGCGUUUAUCAUUCCUCCCCUCCGGAGAGACCUGCGCCGUGGCCUUGAAGCGGACAUGGGAAAUGUAAACAGUUAGUCGGGCUGGAUUUUAAACUACGCACACGUCCCACGUCCUCCUCCUCCCCCUCCUCCCGCCCCCUCCUCCUCCUCCUCCCUCUCCUUCUCCUCCUCCCGGGGCGUCCGAGAUGGAGAUGGGGACGAGGGUCGAGCCGGAGCAGGAGGGAGAGGCAGAGCCGCCCAUGCACAGCGUCCACGGAACCAACCGGAUCAGGCCGUCCUCAUACCGGGCCCUGCGCAGCGCCGUGUCCAGCCUGGCCCGUCUAGAUGACUUCAGCCGCGAGAAGAUCGGCGCGGGGUUCUUCUCCGAGGUGUUCAAGGUGCAGCAUCGUGUGUCAGGGCAGGUGAUGGCCCUGAAGAUGAACAUCCUGGCCAGUAACAGAGCCAACAUGCUCAGGGAGGUCCAGCUCAUGAACAGACUAUCACACCCUAACAUACUCAGGUUUAUAGGAGUGUGUGUCCAUGAGGGGCAGCUCCACGCUCUCACAGAGUACAUCAACGGCGGUAACCUGGAGCAGCUGUUGGGCAGUGACGUGUACCUGUCAUGGAGCGUGCGGCUCAGCCUGGCUCUGGACAUCGCCCGGGGACUGCAGUACCUGCACAGCAAGGGCAUCUUCCACAGGGACCUCACCUCCAAGAACUGCCUGGUGCGCUGCGAGGGCGGCGUGUGCUCGGCCGUGGUGGGAGACUUUGGCCUGGCGGAGAAAAUCCCAGAUUACAGCGAGGAAGAGGACCAGGAGCCUCUGGCUGUGGUCGGCUCCCCCUACUGGAUGGCCCCGGAGGUGCUCCGAGGAGAGGUGUAUAAUGAGAAGGUGGAUGUGUUUGCAUACGGGAUCAUCCUGUGUGAGAUUAUUGCGAGGAUACAGGCCGACCCUGACAUCCUGCCACGCACUGAGGACUUUGGUCUGGAUGUGGAGGCCUUUCAGCAGAUGGUUGGAGACUGUCCACCAGAAUUUCUUGAACUGGCUAUCGCCUGCUGUAAUAUGAAUGCAAAGCUCCGUCCGUCCUUUUCCCAAAUCGUAGCAGAGCUGGAGAGGAGACAGGCUGAGAGGAAGCAGAAGGAUGAGGCAACAGUCAAAGCUGUUUCUCCAACUAUUGGCCCUCUGCGAAGACGAUCCCUCUGCCUCCCGUCAGAUCCUCGCCUCUCCCGCAGCAAAUCGGACAUGCUCCACCCCCCGGACACCCCACCCUCUACUAACCUGGUGCUUCCCGCUCGGGUGAACCCCUUCUCUCUGAGGGAGGACCUCAAAGGCGGCAAGAUCAAGCUGUUCGACACUCCCAGCAAGUCUGUCAUCUCCCUGACCUUCACCCUGCCCCCUCCGCCGGACUGUGAUGACCCCUCUGCAUCUGAGACUGACGGCGCUGACCAGCCCAGGAGGCACAGGCGCUGCCACUCGCUGCCUUGCACGCCUCCUCCUCACCUCACAUCGGCGCCCAACACUGUCCUCACCGAGGAGGACUCCCCGUCUGAGAUGAACGGAGAGGGCGAGGGAGACAGAUUGUUAGGAGAACAGAAGGAGAUCAAGGAGGGGAGUGGGACUCAUCAGACAGGUGAUUCAGGUCUUCCUCUGUCCCUUGAGCCCAUGUCACUGGAUCUGCUGGACCAAGAGGAGGAGGAGGAGGAAGAGCCCAUGGACUGCACAAGCUCUCCGGACACACAAGACAGCACUUCAUCUCCUUACUCCAAAACCUCCUCUCCUCCCUCGCUCGACUCCAGUCCCCUCCAACCCACCUUUUCUAACGGCUGGGGGUCUGCCAUCUCAAACGGGCCUCCGUGCCUGCCUCCCCCCUCUCAUUUGGACAACAACAACGUGGUUGUCAGUCGGCCGCUGGGUUGGAGCACCCCCACCACCAACCCCGCCACCACGACCAACAACAACGGCUACCACUCCCCUCCCGGCGACCCAGCUGGAUCGUCCCCGUUCGGCUCCAGCAGCGGUCACUCUCUGGACCAGGAGGAGGUGAUCUCCUGUCCCGGCUGCUGCCUCGCCGGCCUCCGCUUCCCCUCUGUCUGCCUCAGAGCUCCACCGCGCAGAAACCCCUACAAGAACCUGAACGGGGACCACGCAGCCUCACGCGGGCUGCUUUGUCCAGGACCCAAGGGCCUGCCGCCCUCCCCCACCCCCACGACCACCACCACCAGCCUGGAGCCAGGACUCGCCUUGCCAGGGGCUCGGACAUAAACCUCCCCUGACUUCUCAACACCAAAGACACGCAGUAAAGACACGUGUGGAAACUCUGCACCAAAAGCUCUUCCCUGGAAAUUAAGUGGGUCUUCUUAAAAAUUUGCACAGAUUUUAACACAGCAAUACCCUGCUUACUUUCCACACACACUUUUUGGUGCAGAGAGUUUCUGAGCGUCCAGAUCGGUUUCCUAAAACACACUCCAGACUCGGACUUUGGCUGACUUUCUACUAUGAAAGCUGUAGGACAAGGAGCUGGUGACUUUUUGUGUGUGUGCCGCCCUCUGCUGGGCUGAGGGUGACACGACAUGAGACGUUAGCUGUGCCUGCAUAGAUCUGAUUGAUGAUCAGCAGCAUUCAGAACUGAUGAUCAGCAUGUAAACACUCCAGUUUUGGGGGCCCAGGCUGUUAGAACCUGUAUAUUUGCAGAUGUAAAGAUUCUUAUGACUGAUGAUGAUGCUGAAAUGAGGAAUGUUAAGCUUAGUAUUAUUACUGUUGCAAUGAUUUUUUGAUGUUUGGUGCUGUUUCUGAAUGAACAGGCAGUUUUGCUUUAAUGUCUUUAAUUACCAAGAUGUGUACAGUGCACUGCUGAGGUGUGUGUGUGAAAAUAUGUGAGUGUGGGAUGGAUUCAGUGUGUGUGUGUGUGUGUGUGUGAGAGAGAGAGGAAGGUUUAAAAAAAAAAGUGUGUGCUGUACACCACUCUUAUGACUAUUUUUGUUGCUGUAUGAUCUCUAUCUGCCCUCCUGGUUAAAGCACUUCAGCUGUAUUACUGUUGUUAAUAAGAAAGCUAUUGAUAUCAUUAUUACUUUUUUGGAAUGAAUGGUCAAAGACCUGCUUAAGAGAUGUACAGAUUCUUAUUAUUUAAAGAUGGCAUUGAAUAAAAAGAUAGAAUGCA